UCUACAGUAUAAAUAUACUGAUUUAAAUAUGAUUGCUUUGUCUUUAGGUUGUAAUGCACAUACAAAUAUAAUCGAAUAUGACACUUUUAUGGAGUAGAAAAUGAAGAUGGCUAUUGCACCCGUUUUGUUUUUUAUACAACUCAGCAUUUCAUCAGGAAUUGAGGUGUGCUUAAAUGGUUCGGCUGUUGGAUAUUGUAGUAAUGGAUGGCAUUGUUGUACCAAUGGUUACUGCUGUCCUGAUGGGUUUAUAUGUUCUUACAAUAACCAUUGUUAUUAUAUAAGAGCUUCGCUUAUUCCAGGAUUGUGUGCUGUGCUGUGUGUUUUAUGUUUUAUCAGCAUAGUUCUAUAUACAUCAAAAAAGCAUUGGGACAGUAGAAAACUAUGAAAGGUUGGAGAAAAUUUUUAAACAAGAGUGGACACACUGAAAUGUCUCGCCUGUUUUAGUGUUCAUAAUUGAAUUUAUGUUGAAAGUAAAAAAAAUAAGUUUAUAUAAACUUUACAUUAAAUUAACAUUUUAAUGAUGAAUGAACAUGAAGUCAAGGUGAGAUAAACCCUAUUGACAAAUAUGGCCAUUUUUUUUAUUUCCUCUUGAGUACAGACAAACCUGUGCACAAGGAAAAGUUUUAAGGCAUUGCAGAAACUGGAUAAAUAUUUGUCAAUUCCUUGAGAUGAACCUGAAAGACCCCC